AUGAGUUUCCUGUCGUCAUUGGGCCAGUAUGUGGCCGGCGUGGCGGAUAGCGUCGCGGGGCUGGCGCUGUCGCCGCGACGCGUGCCACCCUCCCGGCACCGAUCCGCUGAGGAAUCACAACCGCAGCCGGCUCAACCCUCGACAGCUACUAUGAGAGGUUUUCCACGAGUGGUGCCUACUGAAGGAGCGUCAGCUCUGAGCGCACGUCGGCGAACUCUGGACUGCUUGGCCCCAGCCGCGCCCCCACGCAGAGGGGGCUCCCUUCGGGUCCCACGACACCAGCAACCACCGGAAAAACCAACCAUGGCCUUUUGUAAACGGCGCCUCUCAUGGCCAGAGGUCGACAACUCAGUUAAUUCUGGAGUUCAAGAAACAGACGGUUCAUAUUUUGAAAGUUUCACUGCAUUGUCGUGGCGGCAAGAGAACCGACGCUUGGCAGCUUUACGGUUGGCCGAGGCAAGAGCUGAGCGACCUCCUCCAGCGCCACACGAUCUUGGCUUACCCAGUGUAUCAGCACAAUUAUCUCACAAGGAACAUGAGCAUUUGUACACAGAGGUUCUGUACUGCAUUGAGAACGCAGUGGGUGCUCCAGCACCGGAUGGUCAGUUCGCAUCGUACAAAGAGGAAGUGAUAGAGUAUGCACGGCGUGCAUUCAGAGUGUCUCCGGAACUGCAUGCUCGUGCAGUGAGGGCUGCUGGCAGCGAACGACCACCAACUGUUGUUUUGGGUUGCUCAGUGAUGGAAGCAGAUGGACUCGAGGCCAAGGACGCAAAUGGGUUUAGUGACCCAUAUUGCAUGUUGGGUAUUCAACCAGCAUCACUGCCAGCUUCUCCACGAGCAUCUGAAGAUGAAGGCAGAAAACAUGGAUUCAGAUUGAGCUUCAAACGUCGCGAUGGACGACAGCAACGCGAUAGUCUCGGAAGACUUCCAGCAAGAUACAUACGUGCUACCAGCGUCAGACCACAUACACUAUCCCCAAAGUGGCAUGAAACUUUCAAAUUUGACAUCGACGACAUAUCGUCCGACGUUCUGCACCUAGACAUCUGGGAUCACGACGACGAGAGCUCGGUGCUGGACGCGGUGUCCAGGCUGAAUGAGGUUCGUGGAGUUCGCGGCCUCGGUCGUUUCUUCAAACAAGUAUGCCAAAGCGCACGUCAAGGGAGCCAAGAUGACUUUCUUGGUUGUGUAAAUAUACCACUGCGUGAGAUACCGUCUACUGGUGUGGAAGGAUGGUACAAGUUGGAAGCCAGAUCGCAGCGCUCUUCAGUUCAGGGCCGUAUCCGUCUCCGGCUAUGGCUUUCCGCCCGUGAAGCUGGCCGACACGAUGACGAUAACUGGCAACAGGUACGCCAGCACGAUCGUCUCUUUGGAGUAUUGUUGGCUCACGAGUUGGAGAGAGCAUUAUCCAGUGGUACCGAGAGUAGAGCUGAGGGUGAACCCUUUAAUAAUGGAUGGGAAGAAGAAUUAUGUGGUCCCGCACAGACGUUAUUACAUCAACAUGCAAUUCAAGGCGACUUGAGUGCGUUACAGGCGGCUAUAGCCAGAUUUGCAGCUGCAUGUAGACUCAAUAGCGAUGCACCUAUCGAUCCUAAAUACAUGUACAAGUUAUUAACGGAGUUGGAACGAGCUUGGUGUGCGAGUGAAGGUGCUUCAAGCGGUGGGAGCGACCCUGGCGCCACGGGUUGCGUCACCCGCGACGAGGAGCGCUGGCUUGCAGACUGCUUUGGCGAGCUCGUGGAGAGAGCCCUACACCAGUUACGUUUGCACAGGGACCUAUAUCCCGUGUUACAUCACCGCAGUCUUAAUAAGUUCGAGUAUCUCCUCCGAUGUUUAAGUCAACUGUCACAAAUGAAAGCGUUCUGGAGAUGCUGUCCCUUCAACAAGGAAAUCAGGACGGAAAUAGUAGGUUCACUCCGAAAAGGCACGUCGGAAUGGUACGAGGCUCUUUGUGCUCAGGACACUGAAUCGGAACGAGGAGAAGACCUAGUGAAUCUAAUUACUCUUGUGCAAAUCGAUCUACAGCAAGGAUUGACCUACUAUCACCCACUGUUUGAAAUGACUAAUGGCGUCCCGUACUUUAGCGUGGUCUUUACACAAAUCGAUAAAAUGGUAGCAGAAGAUGUAAGGCAAUGUGUAGAACACUGGCUGGCUGAAGGUUGGUGCGGAGUUGCUGAAGAGGAAGUGAUGGACGAGCAAGGCAAUGGAGUAUGUGUAGUAUCCGCGAAGACGCUGCCGUUUGAAGUGCUGUCGGCGGUCCGCGAGUUGUGUGCGGCAGCGGCACCCGCGCCUCCACCACACCUCGCGCAUGACCCACCCCCGAUGCUACUUGAUGCUUACCUGUGGUUCGAGCCAUUAAUCGAUAGAUGGUUGGCCGUUACAAAGACCAUGGCUUUGCAGAGAGUUCGCGCAGCUGUCGAACUAGAUCGUGCAGUCGAAGGUGAGCAUCUCGUGAAACACAGUACAUCAUCAGUGGACACGGCGGCAUGUUUAUACCAUAUGCGACUGGUGUGGCGAGGAAUUGGUGGUGCUGAAGAGGGUACAGGAGGCGGUGGGCUACGACUUUUAGAGGCUGCGUGUGCAACUGCUUUGCAUUAUGCUGACCUCGUCCAUGGUGCGCUCGCUGAUCAGGGCUACUACGAGAACCACGGUCAAAACAAAUCCACAGAGGAGAUAUGCACGAUCGUGAACAAUUUGGAAUAUGUGCGCCGCUCUCUCUCGGAAUACGAUGACGAACACAUUGCAAAUGACGAAAAUGCUCGACAACUGGUGCGUGGGGCGUUAGGAACAUUGGACGCUAGGUCGUCUCGCGCGGCGGCGCCCCUGGCUGCCCGCGCUCGUCCGCCCUUAAGGAAAGCUGUCUUCCAUCUCGCCUGGUCCCCUGAUACACUGCCUACGCCUCAGGCUAUUACCCCUCUGCUCGAGUUCCUGGACCAGCAUUUGUCUUCGCUCAACACAUGGUUAUUGCCCCGUGCUUUCACCCGAGCACUUGCGGGCUGCUGGAGCGCUGUACUCAAAGAGGUGUCUGCUCAAGCCGAUGCUGGUGGAGCUGAAAGACCUAGGGUUUACCAUCACAGACUGAGGGAGGCUCUCGACCUUCUCGCAGAAUUUUUCCACGCAGAAGGAAAAGGUUUGCCAAUGUCUGAGGUACAUAACAGUGAGUGGAUACGCGUUGAACAAAGGAUGCAGUAUCAUCAAGCGCCCACAGAAGAGUUGCUAGAACUGUGGCUGGCCGAUCGGGUCGCCGAGCAGGUUCGGACACCGUUACCAUCGCCGUAUGGCUCCAUAUUAGUUAGGGUAUAUUUCAACCACGACUCUCUGUGCGUGGAAGUGCUCUCGGCCCGCGACGUGAUCCCACUUGAUCCCAAUGGGCUAAGUGACCCGUUCGUAGUACUCGAGCUAUUACCUAAAAGGCUCUUCCCUAAAGCGCACGAACAGACUACCAAUGUUCAAAAGAAAACUUUGAACCCGGUGUGGGACGAGUGCUUCGAAUUCGCGGUAUCUCUAGAAGCAUGCCGGUCUAACCAAGCCACGUUGUCAAUGACCGUGUGGGACCGCGACGUGUUGACUGCCGAUGACUUCGCGGGUGAAGCGUUCGUAUCCCUAUCUCGGGUACCCGGAGUUAACAGCCAUGCUCCUCCAGACCCACUGCGUCCUCUAGAACUGCCGCUUAUGCAACUCCACGAUAGAAAUCACCCCAUUUUACAAAUAUUGGAAUCGCGCACUACCGAUAAAUUAGCCAUGGAAUUUGUCAAGAAACAAAAACUACGAUUUGCCGAACAGUAGGCAAUUAAUUUCAAUUAUUAUAUAUCUACAUAUUAUAUGUCUUUCUGUAAGUUCAAAUUCAGUUUCAUAAUUUCAAUUCAUGCACAACGUCCAUGUCGACAAUAUAAGUACUUAUAAAAAUAUUUUACUAAAUUAAAAGAGUUCAAUAUUUUUAAAACAAAUUUACGUUACGUACUAGUUGUGUAUAAUAGAAUCAAGGUUAAAUUAUUGUAAGAUGUAAUAACACAUCAGUAUUAUUGUAUAAAUACAUAUUGCAAAGACUGUGUAUAUCUUCUAUUUAUGAGAGAAUAUAAAAUGUCGUGUGUGUACUUUCAAAACUUUUAUAUGUGUAUGAUAGAUAGUAUGCACCCUCGGAGCUUAUGUCCCUAGUUAUUAGUCUCUAUUAGAAAUUCCCGACCAAGUACUUUAAGAUUCGACGUUACCCUCUACUUUGUGACAAUUCAAUCAUUUGGUAGAUUCACAAGCAUAUUAUAUGACUUGUUUGGAUGUGUAGUACACCCACUUAUAUGCUGAUAUUAAAACCCAUCAAGGCUGUAACAGCCACGUGCAUGUAUGUAGUAAGUAGACUGUGACAACUGAUGCAGAAUAUACACAUCGUACGAGGUCAUAAAAUGUUCUCACUUUAAUAAACUUUAUCAUAUGAAACUCUCUCACUAUGAGCUUGUUAUGAAUUUUAAUAUUUUUCCAGACUAUAUACACGCUUUUGUAAUUUAUAUUGCGGUUUGAAACGAGCUUUGCAUUGGUCACCUAUCCGUCGCAUUAUUAUUAUUAUUAUAUACAUGUCUUUGACGACUGAUUUUCAUUGUUAGUUUAAUUAUUGUACAAGUAUAACUAUAUAAAUUUUAUAACUUUAUGUGAAUAAAGUUCACUGUGUAUACAAUUAAAAAAAAUAUUAAUUAAAUAUAGAAAAAAAUGUAUUGAUGUUUAUAAAUUAUAAAUUAGUGAGUGAAUAAUUAUAUACUAAUCGAUAUAAGAAAUCUUCUUAAAUUCUUAUUUAAUAAGUGGUGGUAUAUCGCUGGAAUUGGAACUGUUCAAUACUUAGAGAAUUAAACAAAUGUUUGUUACCAACUCCAGGUAAAAGACAUUUUCAAUUAACAGUACAUUUGCAUAAUUGACCAUAAAGAAUUUGUUGUAUUACAAUUUCCAUGUAUUAAUAUAUUUAUAAGUACAAGGUGAACAAAGUCCCAUUGUGAAGGUAAAAUACUCUUUAAGAAUUGAUGUAUGCAUAAAGUAUUUUAUGUUUAAUUUAAAACUCGGCUUGGAAACAUUUAAGUAAGAGCAAACAAAAAGUACCACCGAGGGACGUUAUGGAUCAAAGAGAGCGGGCAGAUAUACUAUAAUAUAAAUGAUAAAAACUUUCACCUCGUACAAUUUUGUUUGAAGAAUUUAUGGGGGAAAAGUUUGUCAGAACGAUA